UUCUUCAAUUCCCUUCGUUGACUGCCGAAGACAAACUUCGACUCUCUCUCUCUCUCCGGCGACCGUCUUCCCAUGGCUCCGUCCGGGUCUCCGCUCGCCGCUCUCUUCCUCCUCCUCGCCUGGUUGUCUCUGGCCGAGCUCAUCGUCUCCACGCGCAAUCUCUCCCCUCCGAGCAAUCGCCACCGCCCGUUGAUUCUGCCUCUCUCCCUAACACCCCGUGAUUCUGCUUCUUCUUCUCCUUCUUCUUCUUCGCACGAGAGGGAUCGUCACCGCCGGCGAUUGCUCGACUCGGAGCUCCCUCGCUCGCCCAGCGCUCGCAUGCGGCUCUACGACGAUCUCCUCUCUAAUGGAUACUACACGACGCGUCUUUCCAUUGGGACGCCUCCUCAGGAGUUUGCGCUGAUUGUGGACACGGGAAGUACCGUGACCUAUGUUCCUUGUUCCAAUUGUCAACAGUGUGGUAAACAUCAGGAUCCAAGAUUUCAACCUCAAUUAUCUUCCACCUAUCAGCCCGUCAAAUGCAAUGCCCAUUGCUUAUGCGACGCUGCAGAAAAGCAGUGCACUUAUCAGAGACGGUACGCUGAGAUGAGCUCCAGUACUGGCAUCCUGGGAAAUGAUCUUGUAUCGUUUGGGAAUGAAAGUGAGCUCACACCCCAGAGGGCUGUUUUUGGGUGUGAAACUGUGGAAACUGGUGAUCUGUACAGCCAACGAGCAGAUGGCAUAAUGGGCUUGGGUCGUGGUCACCUCAGCAUUGUGAAUCAGCUCGUUGAGAAGCAUGUCAUUGAUGACUCUUUCUCAUUAUGUUAUGGUGGUAUGAGCGUGGGUGGUGGUGCAAUGAUACUUGGAAGUAUCGUUCCUCCCACUGGAAUGGUAUUCUCCCAUUCGGAUCCUCACCGCAGUCCAUAUUACAAUAUCGAGCUGAAGGAAAUACAUGUCGCUGGGAAUCCAUUGAAGUUGAAGCCAAGUACUUUUGAUGGAAGACAUGGAACGGUCUUGGAUAGUGGAACCACAUAUGCAUACCUACCAGCAAAGGCAUUUCUGGCAUUCAGGGAUGCUAUUAUAGAGAAUGUUCAAUCCCUGAGAAAGAUUCAAGGACCCGACCCAAAAUUUCAUGAUGUUUGUUUUGCUGGAGCUGGAUGGGACAUCUCCAAGUUAUCUGAAGUAUUUCCAAAGGUUGAUAUGGUUUUUGGCGAUAAGCAAAAGCUGUCGCUGUCUCCUGAGAACUACUUGUUCAAGCAUACAAAGGUUCCUGGGGCAUACUGCUUAGGAAUAUUCCAGAACGAAAAUGAUGAAACCACUCUCCUAGGAGGUAUAAUUGUCCGCAACACCCUUGUUACUUAUGAUAGGGAGAAAAAUAAGCUUGGCUUUUGGAAAACUAAUUGUUCUGAACUGUGGAAGCGGCUGCAAGAUACUGGUAGUCCUCCACCUGCACCUUUAUUCCCUCAGAACCACAAUAGUACUUCAGCUAUUUCUCCUAGCAUAGCUCCGAGUGGAUUGCCUCCAACUUCUUUUCCGGUUGAAUUUCGAGUAGGACUCAUAACGUUCAACAUGUCAUUCAGCAUCAAAAGCUCCAGCAGGAAGCCUAACUUCACUGAAUUUGAAGAACUUAUUGCUCAUGAGUUGGGAGUGAGUACUUCACAGGUCCAUUUGCUGUACUUCACUUCCAGUGGAAAUCAAUUCCUUGUUGAGUGGGCCAUCUUUCCAGCUGACUCUGCUGAUUACUUCUCUAACACCACCGCUAUGAGCAUAAUCACACGCAUAAGAGAUCAUCACGUGCAGCUUCCUGAAAGAUUCGGUAGUUAUCAGCUAGUUGAAUGGAAAAUUGAGCCUCAAAAGAAGCGCACAUGGUGGCAGCAUAAUUAUUUGGCAGUGGCUGCAGUAGCUUCCGCAGCACUGUUGCUUACCCUAACGAGCAUCGGACUAUGGUUCGUUUGGAAGAAUAUCCGGCAGCAAUCUGGUGCAUAUAAGCCUGUAGGUGUUGCCAUUCCUGAGCAAGAACUCCAGCCGCUUUGACCCAGGCACGUUCAUCUGCUCAUUAUGAUUUUUUAGCGGGCGUAAGUUGUGGAAAUAUAUCGAUAGAGGAAGGAUUUCUAACUGCAUCGAUCCCAUCUUCGGUUGGAGGAAGGUCACGUUCGACGUAGUUUGUCUACGAAGCAGUUCGUACCAGGUGUAUAUAGUAGAAGCCUACAAAGCAGUCCGUCAUACGGUUCUACAGUAGAAAACAUACCGGGUAGAUGAAAAGAUCAGAAGAUUGCAGAGCGUAACAUAGGCAACUGUGCCGCUUUUGUGGAGAGAGAAAACGGUCAAACAAAAAACCGUCCCUGCGGCUAACCAAGUGAACAGUGAAUUACAUGGAUUGUGCUUGAUCACAUGGUUGAAUCAGGAAAGCACCAACUUCUAUUGAUUUCGCAAUAGAUCAGUGCAGUAAAAUACUCAUGCGGCUACUUGUAACACUUAAUCUGUUGGUGAAUCUUCAGCUUUUACAUCA